AGUAGUAAUAAUCCACAUCUUCAUCAGAUAUGGAUUGAAAAUAAAAAUGAACGUGAACAUUGGGAUAAAAAAAUUGAAUUUUUAUUGGCUGUCAUUGGUUUUGCUGUCGAUUUGGGCAAUGUAUGGCGAUUUCCAUACAUUUGCUAUCGUAAUGGUGGUGGCGCUUUUCUCAUACCAUACUGUAUAAUGUUAAUAUUUGGUGGUCUACCAUUAUUCUAUCUGGAAUUGGCACUUGGUCAAUAUUAUAGUAGUGGAUGUCUAACCGUUUGGAAACAUCUUUGUCCCAUCAUGAAAGGUCUUGGAUAUGCCAUCUGUAUAAUUGACAUCUAUAUGGCCAUGUACUAUAAUACCAUCAUAGCUUGGGCACUUUAUUAUUUCUUCAUUUCUAUUGGAUCAUUGAUUAAUAUGGAAUUACCGUGGCAAAAUUGUAACAAUGAAUGGAAUACACCAAUGUGUCGUACAAUGCAACAUCGUCGACUGGUUGAAUCGUCGUCGUCGUCAUCGGGCAACAAUAAUAUGACUGAUCCGAAAACCAAUUUAACAUUGGUUAGUCCGGCACAUGAAUAUUUUUUUAACCAUGUUCUUCAUAUUGAUGCAUCAUCAGGCAUCGAUUCACUUGGAACGAUUAGGCCAUCACUUGCAAUUUGCCUUAUGAUUGUUUUUCUGGUUGUCUAUUUUUCUCUAUGGAAAGGUGUUAAAAGUACUGGAAAGGCGGUUUGGGUAACGGCAUUAUUUCCAUAUUUUGUCAUUUUUGUAUUACUAAUUCGUGGAACAACAUUGGAUGGUGCAGCCGAUGGUAUACGUUUUUAUUUAUCACCAAAAUGGGAACAUCUUUAUUCGAUCAAUGUAUGGAUUGAUGCAGCAACGCAAAUAUUUUUCUCAUUAGGUCCUGGAUUCGGUACUUUGAUGGCAUUAGCUUCGUAUAAUAAAUUUCAUAACAACUGUUAUCGUGAUGCAAUCAUCACUAGCAGUAUUAAUUGUUUGACUAGUUUUGUUGCCGGUUUCGUUACGUUUUCAAUACUUGGAUAUAUGGCUAAAAAAUUGAAUAAAGAUAUAGAAAAUGUAGCUACCGAUGGUCCUGGUUUAGUGUUUAUUGUCUAUCCAGAAGCCAUAGCCACAAUGUAUGGUUCGGUUUUUUUCUCCAUAAUUUAUUUUCUAAUGUUAAUUACAUUGGGACUUGAUUCAACGUUUGGUGGACUUGAAGCAAUGAUCACUGGAUUAUGUGACAAUUAUCCAAAUCUAUUACGACGACAUCGAGAAAUAUUUGUUGCCAUACUCAUUGUUUUUAUUUAUUUUUGCGCAUUACCGACAACAACAUUUGGUGGAAACUAUUUGAUUACAUUGCUUGAUACACAUGGUACAGCACUUUCCGUAUUGUUUGUUGUGUUCAUUGAGACAAUGGCCAUUUGUUGGUUCUAUGGAACAGAGAAAAUUUCCCAACAGAUUAACGAAAUGAUUGGACAUAAACCGAACAUAUUUUGGCGUGUAUGUUGGAUGUGUGUUUGUCCAAUAUUUCUUGGUUUCAUUGCAUUUGCCAGUUUAAUCAAUAAAGAGCCAUUAAAAUUAGGUGAAUACAUCUAUCCAGAAUGGUCGGUUAAUGUUGGAUGGAUAAUAACAUCAUCAUCAUUGUCAUGUAUACCAUUAUAUGCUAUUUAUCAUAUCAUACAUAAACGUAAAAGUGUUUGGCGCAGAAUUGUCACAUUAUUCGGUAUGACAAAAUCAACAAAUGAAACAACAACAACAACAACAACAACAACAGUUGUAGCUGAAAUGACAAAUUUCCCCGAUGAUGAUGAUGAUGAUGAUGAUGAUGAUGGUGAUGGUGAUGAUGAAGAUGAUUUCAAUGGUCAUCAACAACAAAAAUUAGAUAAUAAUUUGGGCGAUUCUGUUUAACACACACACACAAACAAAAAAAAUGAUUAAUUAAUAGCUAAAUAUAAAAUUUAUAUAAAUUAAAUUCUACAUACAAACACAUUCACAGUCAAUGAUAGAAUAGAUUCUGAAAAUUGAUUGAUUGAUUGAUUACCUGUAAAUAUAAUGAUAUAUUCAGAUUAUGUAUUCUGUCGUAGCAUCUAAUUGUUCAACAAACCAGCCCCAAGCCACCAAUUAAUUUUCAAGGUUGUUUUUUUUAAAAUGAUCAAUUUUUGUGCGUGUGUUUGUUGCAUCCAUCUAUCUAUCUAUCAACACUG